UGUCAUUGCCCACGGGUUUAGAUAUGUUCCCACUCCAUUUCUUCUCACUCUGUUUAUUUUCGGUGGUGCCACCGCUCGUCAUUUGCCCGGCUACAAAACCGUGUAAGUGCCGACGUGCCACAUGGUCGGCGAACACAAAACUCAACCUCGUUAGCCCACUGAACAGCUUCAACCAACGCAUUGAAAUUCAUCACUGGGUCUUUUUCAUUUUGCACAUCCACUGUUUGUGAAAAUGCCAUCCAACAAUAUUCUUAUCCUUUUUCUCAUACAGGAAAGAAGAAACUGAAAGCUCAAAAUUUGAAGCUUUUUCGUAGCAUUCCACAUGUUGUAUUUUCAUAUGACAGUAUAACAUUGAAGUCCCAUUGAUAUAUUCUCGUGGGCAUGCUUCAGCACAGUUUCAAGACAUGGGCUUCCAUCAUUAGGAGCUUAUGCGUGGAUUCCAGGCACAACGAAGCCUUGUUCUUUUUCCAUCGUUGCUUGAAGGAUUGUGCAGCUUUUAAACCAGAUCACCAAGUCCUUGCUGCAAUUCUCAAGUCUUGUUCAUCCCUUUUGGCUGCUAACUUGGGAAAAUGUCUGCAUAGUUAUGUUGUUAAACAAGGUCAUGCUUCUUGCCAUGUUACUGGUAAAGCGUUGCUUAACUUGUAUGCCAAAUGUGGCAUGCUUGAUGAUUGUCAGAGAUUGUUUUUUCAGCUCAGUCAUUGUGAUCCUGUCAUUUGGAACAUUGUUUUGUCUGGGUUUUCAGGGUCUAGUAAACAUGAUGCUGACGUGAUGAGAGUGUUUAGGACAAUGCAUAUGAGUGGAAAGGCUAUGCCCAAUUCUGUUACUGCUGCUACGGUUCUUCCGGUGUGUGCUCGUUUGGGUAAUCUCAAUGCUGGAAAGAGUGUACAUGGUUAUGUUAUCAAAUCUGGUUUUGAAGAGGACGCAUUUGCUGGUAAUGCUCUAGUGUCAAUGUAUGCGAAGUGUGGACUCGUGUCUUGUGAUGCAUAUGCUGUCUUUGAUAGUAUUAUUCACAAAGAUGUUGUUUCGUGGAAUGCAAUGAUCGCAGGCCUUGCUGAGAAUGGGUUGUUAGAAGAAGCAUUUUCUUUGUUCAGUUCAAUGGUGAAAGGACCUAUAGGGCCAAACUAUGCAACCAUAGCCAAUAUUCUGCCAGUUUGUGCUUCAUUUGAUGACAAUGUUGCGUACUAUUGUGGAAGACAAAUCCACUCUUAUAUACUGCAGUGGCCUGAAUUGUCUGGAGAUGUUUCUGUAUGUAAUGCUUUGAUGAGCUUCUACUUAAAAAUUGGACGGACGAAAGAAGCCGAGUCUUUGUUUUGGGCAAUGGAUGCAAGGGAUUUAGUCUCUUGGAAUGCAAUUAUUGCAGGAUAUGCAUCAAAUGGGGAAUGGUUAAAAGCAUUGUAUCUAUUUGGUAAUUUAGCGUCUCUAGAGACAUUAUUAUUGGAUUCUGUGACCAUGGUCAGCAUACUUCCAGCAUGUGCACAAUUGGAAAACUUGCUGGUGGGGAAACAAGUUCAUGCAUAUAUUCUCAGACAUCCUUUUCUUUUUGAAGAUGCUUCUGUUGGAAAUGCUCUAGUUAGUUUCUAUGCAAAAUGUGGCUAUAUAAAAGAAGCAUAUCAUGCAUUUUCUAUGAUAUCUGGGAAAGAUUUAAUUUCAUGGAAUUCUAUUUUGGAUGCCUUUGGAGAGAAGAGGCAUCAUUCAAGAUUUAUCAGUCUGUUACAUUUGAUGCUUAAAAUAGGAAUUAGACCCGACUCCGUUACAAUAUUAACCAUAAUCCGUUUUUGUGCUUCUCUUUUGAGAGUUGAAAAGGUGAAAGAAAUACACGGCUAUUCAAUUAGGACUGAAUCUUUAUUUAGUGCUACUGCGCCAACUGUUGGGAAUGCAAUACUUGAUGCAUAUUCCAAAUGUGGUAAGAUUGAGAAUGCAAAUAAAAUGUUUCAGAAUCUAUCAGAUAAAAGGAAUCUGGUCACAUGCAAUUCAUUGAUAUCAGGUUACGUGGGUUUAGGAUCACAUCAUGAUGCAAAUAUGAUAUUUAGUGAGAUGCUAGAGACAGACCUUACCACCUGGAAUCUCAUGGUUAGAGUAUAUGCCGAAAAUGAUUGUCCUGAGCAAGCACUUGAAUUGUUCUUAAAGUUACAAACUCAAGGGAUGAAGCCUGAUGUGGUGACUAUCAUGAGCCUCCUCCCAGUAUGCACACAAACGGCAUCAGUUCACUUAAUAAGACAGUGUCACAGUUACAUUAUUCGGUCAAAUUUUGAGGAUCUUCAUCUUAAAGGAACUCUCUUAGAUGCUUAUGCAAAAUGUGGCGUCAUAGACUGUGCAUAUAAAAUAUUUCAAUCAAGUGCUGAUAAGGAUCUGGUUAUGUUUACUUCUAUGAUUGGUGGGUAUGCUAUGCAUGGCAUGAGUGAAGACGCGCUUAGGAUUUUUUCUCAUAUGCUAAAUUUGGGAAUCAAGCCAGACCAUGUUAUUUUUACUUCAAUAUUAUCUGCUUGCAGUCAUGCCGGCCGCAUAGACGAAGGACUGAAGAUUUUUGACUCCAUAGAGAAAAUCCAUGGUAUGAAACCAACUAUGGAACAGUGUGCUUGUGUGGUGGAUCUAUUAGCACGAGGUGGCCGCAUUAGUGAAGCAUAUUCUUUUGUGACCAAGAUGCCAAUUGAAGCUAAUGCAAAUAUUUGGGGAACAUUGCUUGGUGCCUGUAAAACCUAUCACGAGGUCGAAUUGGGUUGUAUUGUUGCUGACAAACUCUUCAAAAUGGAAGAUAAUGAUAUUGGAAACUAUAUUCUAAUGUCAAAUUUAUACGCAGCAGAUGCUAAAUGGGAUGGGGUAAUGGAGGUCAGAAAGAUGAUGAGGAACAAAGAUUUGAAAAAACCAGCAGGAUGCAGCUGGAUCGAAGUUGAGAGGACAAAUAACAUUUUUGUGGCAGGAGAUUGUUCCCACCCACAAAGAAGCUUGAUUUACAGUACACUGUAUGCAUUGGAUCAACAAGUAAAACAGCCAAUGGAAUUUUAGCCCAAUCUUGGAUUUAUGCAUCAUGACAUUCCCGAUAUCUCAAGAGAAAUCAUCUACCGAUAUCUUCAGGGUUUCACCCCCCACCAAAAAGAUCCUCCAAUUGGCGACAAAAAUUGAACAGAUGUUCUUUUGGGUGAGCCAACUCUUUACCAACUUAACUAACUUUUAUUGGCAAUUCAAUAUAUACUUGUAUAGAAUAAUAUCUUAUUAAAUUGAGUUGACUAAACUAAUCAAUAACAAAUUAAUUAUCAAAGGCUUCUUUUAAUAGAUAGAGAAAUUAACAACAAAAGCUAAGAAACUAAAUUAAAGAUAGAGAUCUCUCUCCAAUCAUCAAACAAUAAUGACAGCUCACAACAUAGAGAUCUUUCCCGCACGCCUCUCGUCUGCAACAAUAGCAGGUCUCCAUCUAAUACGAUAUAUUUUUCUCAAUUGUUUUCAUCUUUUCUGUUUUUGCAAUGGUUGGAUUUCUUAAGAAAUUAAUACUGGAUUUUUUUAGAAAUCAGAUAUUAUGUUUUUUGUGAUCCCCAAUUAUGUGUAAAAUUGACUAUUAGAGAAAUUAGUUUUUGUUUUUAGACAUUCUUUUUCCUUGGUUCUUGAUUUUUAUGUUGUGCUCACAAAUGGUUCUCACUUUUCUCUGUUACGCAUAUUUCUGUGAUCACAGUUGGUUUUUGUUCGAGAUUGUUGAUGAGAUAGAUAAAGAAGAUGAAGAACAAUAUAAUGAAAUAUUAAUUCAAUCACAAUUAAUAAGAAAACUUGACCUCAUGGAAAUUCAAUAAUAGUAAAAAGCAAAGAAACAAAUAUUAAUUGCUUGCACUGUAUCUGAGUUGGGAAAAACUUUUGAGAAAUUGUUUUAGAAAAGCUAAAAAAUGGAUAUGGAUUCAGUGUAGUUGGAUUUUCAUGCAAUUAUGUAGUCAAGACAUCACUGGUCUUGUAAUCUUGGUCUGAUCAAAAUAAUUGAUUUCAUUUUUUAUUUUACAAAUUUAAAAAUACUAUUCUUUAAUCGAACAGUCAGCAAAUCAGAAUUCCUAAAAAAUAUUGAGUGAAGCUACAAAUCGUCAAUAUAUUGACACAUGUGCUUGAUUAUUCAAGAAACAUUAUCAAAGAAAAUGGAGCUAAUAAAACAAUAAUGUUUUGUUUUAGUUGUAUUGAAAAUUAAAUAUAUUAAACUCAACAAUAAAUUAAGUGGUUAAUCUAGGAUUCAAGUGAAAUAUUUUUGGACUUCAAGUUGACAGGUUUACCAAUCAAAUUCUUAAUAAUUGCUUUAUAAGUAGGAAGUUGUUAUUUGGGUUAAAAGGUAAACAUGUUAAAAGCUCUUGUAUAGUUGGUGAAUUAUCUUCCAUUUGGUUUGUGAGAUUUAUUGGGAAGAAAAACUUUCUUUUGAUUCGUGAAUGAUUCGUGAAAAUCAAUUAGUGAAAAUUUCCUCAAUGAUUUUUGAGUUCAUUCAAGUUAAAAACUCUAUCAAUUUGAGAUCAAUCCGACUAAAAUCUUUAUUGGUAUUUGAGUUCAUCUUGGUGUAAAAGUUUAGUAGGUUUGGUGGUUAACCUGUGUAAAAUCUUAGUUCGAUUCAGUGGAUAACCAACUCAAAACUUCGUCUUGGUUCGAGAUUAUUCCAAGAAAAAUCUCUGUUUGGUUUUGAGAUUAACAACUCUAAAACUGUGUUCCCUGUUUUGUUUGAAGUUAGCCUAUAAACUUCAUUUUCUUAUAUAAAGAAGUUUGUUGGCACGUCCUUCUAAAAACUAUCAACUUUAGUAGAUAUUCUCAAAAAUAAUUCUUAGUGACAGGAAUAAGUUAUUUUAAAGCCGAACCUAUAUGAUUCUAUAGUAUCAUUCUCUUCCCUUAUUUCUUUUACUUCUCCAUAUUUUUCUUUCCUUUGAUUUUCUACUGCCAAUUUAUUCAAAUUUUUUACAAAAUGUUUUCAAAUUCUAAUUUUACAAAUAGUUUUGUUUUAAAUCAAAGUUUUUCGAAUUCACUAUGAAGUCACAUUCUACCCACUGUGGUUGUUGUGUUUUUGAGAUUUGAAUUCUCGUCAAUUUCUUUUGUCGUAUGCUUUGUUCAAAUGAUUGAAAAUAAAAGAAAUAAAAAAAUUGCAUUAGAAAAUACAUAAGAUCACAUGGUUGGUUAGACUAAAUCUAAGGGCUGGAAAUUGAGCAGGAUAGAUAGUAGUACGAAAUGCUCGAGAGGAUCCAUUUCCAUGUUUUUUGACCCAUUUGUCUACCAAUAUUUGAUAUAGAAAUUAAUUCUAACUUUGUCUCAUUAAGCAUAAUAAUUUGUUACGGUACAAAAUAUUAAUCUCAACAAAUAAACUCGAUUAUCAAUCUAAAAUUUAAAUUAGUUCCUUUUGCAUUCUAAGUUGACAUAUUUAUAGUUCAAAUUCUUAAAAAUUGAUUUACAUGUAAGGUUCUAGCAUAAGAAAUUUUGAUAAAUAGAGGUCUAAUGAUAUAUAAAUGAAACUAGUGGUGAAAAUUUUAUUAUAUUUUAAAUUAAAAAAAAAAAAAAAAGAGAAGAUGUUUGCAUCAUUUUGGACAAGCAAAGUAAAAGAAAUGAACUCUAAUUGUGGCUUUAUUCUACCUCUUUAUAGUAAAUAAAGAGACGUUGCAUGUUUUGCACAUGUCCUUGUCCAAACAAGCCAACUUAAUUGUCCCUAAUCUUCUUCAGCAAGUUUCCAAAACAACUUUUAUAUUCGAACUUGCCACAUUCUUCAAUCAUUGAUGCUGAUGUGUGGUACCUCUUGUUUUUUUUCUUCAGCCUAUAUUUAUCUUUGAUCUAUUAUUCAUGUUUCUAGUUUAAAAUUCUCUAUUUUCGGAAAUUUUGAAUAUAACAAACAAAAUAGAUAUGAUUGAUAAACCGCAUUCUAACACAAGUAUAUGCCUAAUCGUUACUACUAUUUUUCUAAUAGGAGAGAAACUCAUAAUGAAAACAGAUUCUCACUAACUAACAAGUCAUUAAGCUCUUGUUCAUCACUUAAGCCAUUUAGUCAUUUUAAAAGAUCUAAAUCACCUAAAGCUAACACCCAAUUGCACCAAAGCAUCAGAUAUAUAACCCAAUUGCACUGCAGACGAGAUUAAAGCAACAU